UCAUUUCCUUCUCACGUCAUUCAACCAGGUCGUCCCUCUCUUUGUUCAAUUCCUCGUCUUCUAGGGUUUCAAUUCAUCUCCAAAUUGUUCGUUAAAUUAUGGAAUCGGAGGACGAUUUCGAUAUGCAAGACGCUAAUGAAUCGGCCGAGGAUGACGAUUUCUAUAGCGGCGGCGAUGACAACGCGGCCGGCCCUGCCCAGGCCUACGACAGUGACAACGAUGCUGAGGUCGCCGAUUACGAAUUCAUCGAUAACGACUCUGAUGAUUCCGAUGAUAUUCUCUCUCAUCGUUACCAGCUAAAUUAUACCAUUUUAAGUAAGGCGGAUAUUCGACAACAUCAAGAGGAGGAUAUAACAAGGGUAUCCACUGUGCUUUCUAUUCCAAAAGUUUCAGUGAGUGUCCUGCUCCGCUUUUAUAAUUGGAGUGUCAGCAAAGUUUAUGAUGAAUGGUUUGCAGAUGAAGAAAAGGUUCGCAAGUCUGUUGGCUUAUUGGAGAAACCAGUUGUUGAAUUUCCUAAUGCCAAAGAACUGAAUUGUGGGAUAUGUUUUGAAACCUAUCCAUGUGAUAGGUUGCAUGCUGCUGCUUGUGGUCAUCCUUUUUGUAAUGCAUGCUGGGCAGGGUAUAUCAGCACAUCCAUUAAUGAUGGUCCUGGCUGUUUGACGUUGCGAUGUCCUGACCCAUCUUGUGGUGCUGCCAUUGGUCAAGAUAUGAUUAACCUAUUUGUUUCUGAUGAGGACAAAGAGAAGUAUUCUCGCUAUUUUGUUCGAUCUUAUGUUGAAGACAACAGAAAGAUCAAAUGGUGUCCUGCCCCAGGUUGUGAUUUUGCUGUGGAUUUUGUUGUUGGUAGUGGAAAUUAUGAUGUUACUUGCCGUUGUUCAUAUAGCUUCUGCUGGAAUUGUACUGAGGAAGCCCACCGUCCUGUAGACUGUGGCACUGUAGCCAAGUGGUUAUUGAAGAACAGCGCCGAGUCAGAAAAUAUGAAUUGGAUAUUGGCUAAUUCCAAGCCUUGUCCAAGGUGCAAGCGACCAAUUGAGAAAAACCAGGGCUGUAUGCAUAUGACAUGUACACCCCCAUGCAAAUUUGAAUUUUGCUGGCUUUGCCUUUGUGCUUGGUCAGAUCAUGGUGAGCGGACAGGUGGUUUCUAUGCAUGCAAUCGUUAUGAGACAGCAAAACAGGAAGGAGUGUAUGAUGAAUCUGAAAAGCGAAGAGAGAUGGCAAAGAACUCUUUGGAGAGAUAUACACACUACUACGAACGAUGGGCAACCAAUCAAUUGUCUAGGCAAAAAGCAUUAGCAGACCUUCAGCAAAUGCAGACUGUGUGUCUUGAGAAGCUGAGCGACAUACAGUGCCAACCUGAAUCUCAGCUAAAGUUCGUCACGGAGGCAUGGCUACAGAUAGUUGAAUGUAGGCGGGUUCUAAAAUGGACUUAUGCUUAUGGAUUUUAUUUACCUGAGCAUGAGCAUGCUAAAAGACAGUUCUUCGAGUAUUUGCAAGGUGAGGCCGAAUCUGGAUUGGAACGACUUCAUCAAUGUGCAGAGAAGGAGCUACAAGUUUACCUCGAUGCAGAGGGGCCAUCGAAAGAUUUCAAUGAAUUCCGAACAAAACUUGCUGGGUUGACAAGUGUGACUCGAAACUACUUUGAGAAUUUAGUCCGAGCAUUAGAAAAUGGUCUUUCAGAUGUAGAUACACAUGCUGCCUGCAGCAGGCAAGGAAGCUCAAAGAACGUGGGAGGAAGCAAUAGGGGAAGAAGUGGGAAAUCCAAGGGUUCUACCUCCAAAUCAAGUGGGUCCAACAAAAGCAUUGACGUUGCAGGCCACUGGUCCUGUGGCCUUUGCAGCUACUAUAAUGUUGAUUCCGCCACUGUUUGUGCAAUGUGCCGGAGCUCUCAGAAAACCACAUCGUAUUGUUAUGAUUAACCCACCUGGAAUCAGAGACAUCACCUUCACCUCCACAGCCUUCUAGCUUCCAUGACAAAUGCCAUCAGGGCAUAUCCCGAGGUAAGAACACUGCUAAUAUCUCCUUUAAUUUUCUCUUAAUCGAGAAAUCUGAUAAAAGCAAAAUGGAAAAUAACAUACGGUGGGAAAGGGAAAUGAAAACAUGUUCAGUGCCAUGUUGUUUUCUUGGGAUAUUAUGUGUAUAUGUAAGCAGAGUCGACCAAAGAUGUAUCAUUUGGGUGUCUCUCAUUUAUUGAAGUUACUAGAUAGAUUUGUAUCACGCUUGAAGCUUCAACUGGAUCUGUAAAAUGGUAACUUUAUUGGGGACAAUGCAGCUUAUUGCCCCCUGCCAGAAUGAAAUAAAACUAUCACAUCAUUUGCUA